GGCAAUUGUUGUCAGAAAUUCACUCGCCGCCCACGCUAUCUGACAGGCCGACCAUCUUCAGUGUGAAACACUUCUGAGCCGCCACAACUCGACUGUUGCUGUGCUGCCGCCAAUCGCUCAAUUGAGCGUUCGUCUACGAAAUGCACGAAGUUGUCACCCUCCAGUUCGGGUCGCAGAGCAACUAUCUCGGCACCCAUUUCUGGAACACGCAGGAGUCCUACUUCACCUAUCCGCCUGAGCCUGAAUCAGCUGUCAAUCAUGACAUCCACUUUCGAGCUGGAAUCGCCCCAGAUGGCUCCGACACGUUUACUCCGAGAGCGCUUAUUUAUGACCUCAAAGGUGCAUUCGGGAGCAUGAGAAAAACGAACGCUCUCUACGAAGCCGAAGAUGACAGAAACAUAUUAGAUCAGACAGGAGUAUGGUCGUCUAAACCCAUCGUGCAGCGAGCAGACCCAAUACCACAGUCCACCUACCAACAACAUCUCGAUGCAGGCCUAGAACCGCCUCAGCUGCGGACCUCGACGGUGAAAUACUGGUCCGAUUACAGCCGAGUUUACUACCACCCAAAGUCGAUCGUCCAGCUCUCCGAGUUCGAUGUGAACGACAAGCUCAUGCCUUUCGAGAGCUGGGACGUCGGCAUGGACCUCUUUGAAAAGCUUGAAAGGGAGGUGGACUUAGUUGAUAGAGAUCUCAGGCCCUUCGUCGAAGAGUGUGAUGGUCUACAGGGCCUUCAGAUCAUGACCGGCGUUGAUGAUGCCUGGGGUGGAUGGGCAUCUGGUUGGAUUGAGCGGCUGAGGGAUGAGUAUGGAAAGCUCAGCAUCUGGACUUGGGGCCUAGGGGACCAAGGUGCAAACACAACAGUUCCGAGGGAGAGACGCUUGCAGCAGAUUGUCAACUCAUCACGAUCACUCCAGCCCCUCGCGGAACAGUCUUCGGUAUACAUACCAUUGUCCAAUCGACCAGCUAAGCUCCCAAAGUAUCUUUCCUUUGAUGCAACUUCGCCAUGGCACGUGAGUGCUUUGCAAGCCGUUGGCAUGGAAAGCAUGACGAUAUCUUCCCGUUUGAAGGACUCGAAUGGCAGACAUGGAACCCUACAAGAUGUGGAAGAUACCAUCAACAGCACCGGAAGACGAAGGAUUGCCAAGUUUGGGAUGAGCAUUGCCGAUCCAAAUGUCUUGUCUGAAAAUGCCAAAGACGCACUCGGGGCGGCUGGGAAAGACAAAUCGGCCCUCUUGGAACAUCAGAGCAGGAGCGAUAAUCAAAUGAGCAGUUUCGAUAUUGACGCAUUCUCCAAAGACUACAAGCUUGCCUUUAUCAAAGAGCGGAAAAGAGAGCACAUCUUCGCGAGAGCCGAAGCGUAUCGCGGAGCGUGGCAGAUGUCAGACGAUUCAGGCCGCAGCCCUCGGGACAGAUUUGGUGACGGACCGGCAGUCGAAAGAUACACCACGCCGCUGCUGUUCCCGUUAUUGGACAGUUACCCAUCUAUUUUCGAUGUGGGAUCUGGGCAUACCGAGAACCUCGCUGUUCACGCUGGACUUACCACUAGCACAGCUGUCGCGGAGCAAGUGCGAGCAAUCGAGCAGAUCGUGAAGCGACUGGUAGCAGUCGAAGAAAGAGAAGCUCUUUGCAACGGCCUGCAGGUGAUCGCGGAGGAAUACGAUGAAGGAUGGGACGGUGAUUUCACCGACAGCGAUGACGAUGACUGAGUAAAGCUGCUGUUACCCCGGCUUAAGCAUCAUUACGAAAUCAUGACUUGUGCAGCCUGGCAUCAAUCUUUCCUCUUUGUCCAUCCUGCGCUGUCAACGACACGAGGUGGCUUGCCAUUGUCGGCCAAUCUCACCCAAUGUCUAACCUUGCAGGCACACCAACCCCGGCCAGUCCAUGCACGAUCACACGCUAUCGAUAGCGGGCACACACCAAAGCGGUGCUCCAAUACUUCGUACACGGCAUUGCAUCAUGAUGCAGUGACGUGAGCAAGGCUCACGAACCGAAGCUUUCGAGGGCUUUGCCCUGCGCGAGCAAACACUCAAAAAGGCACU